AUGGGAAAGAUGCGGCUUCACUCCAGCUUUGGAGGAAGGUUUCGAGCAUGCAACGGGGACCAGGUCCUCCGCAUCACGGCGAGCGACGAGGAGCAGCUCACCCUGCUCAGGGUGCUGGGCGAGCAGGCAGAGCUGCAGGUUGACUUUUGGCGUCACCCCAGCAGCCCCGGCCGCCCAGCCGACCUCCGCGUGCCCUUCCCCAGUCUCCAAGCAGUCAAAAUCUUCCUGGAGUCCAACGGCAUUUCCUACAGCAUCAUGAUCGUGGACGUGCAGGAAUUAUUGGAUGAGGAAAAGAAAACCAUGAUGGAGUCCAGAAGGACAGAGAGAAGCAUCAGCACAUUCGAUUUUGCCUCCUACCACACACUAGAUGAGAUCUAUGACUGGAUGGACAUGCUGGUGGAUGAUCAUCCCAGCCUUGUUAGCAAGAUCCAGAUCGGGCAGAGCUACGAGAACAGAUCCCUGUACCUGCUGAAGUUCAGCACUGGGGGAUCGAAUCGGCCGGCCAUCUGGCUGGACACCGGCAUCCACUCACGGGAAUGGAUCACCCAUGCCACCGGCGUCUGGACGGCCAACAAGAUCGCUGAGGAGUAUGGCCAGGACCCCUCUGUCACCGCCAUCCUGGACAGCAUGGACAUCUUCUUUGAGAUUGUCACCAACCCCGAUGGCUUCGCCUUCACCCACAGCUCCAACCGCAUGUGGCGCAAGACGAGGUCCAUCAACGCUGGCUCCCGCUGCAUCGGUGUGGACCCCAACCGAAACUGGGAUGCCGGUUUUGGAGGCUCUGGAUCCAGCAGCAACCCCUGCUCCGAGACCUACCACGGCCCCUACGCCCACUCCGAGAGAGAAGUGAAAGCCAUCGUGGACUUCAUCCGCGGCCAUGGGAGCGUGAAAUCCGUCAUCUCCAUCCACAGCUACUCCCAGAUGCUGCUUUUCCCCUAUGGCUACAAGACAGCGCCUGCACCCCACCACCAGGAACUGAAUGAACUGGCUAAAAAGGCUGUAAGCGACUUGGCCGUCGUGUAUGGGACGAAAUAUACUUAUGGAAGCAUCGCGGACACCAUCUACAUGGCAGAUGGCACCACCGUCGACUGGGCCUACGACAACGGGGUGAAAUAUUCCUUCACCUUCGAGCUGAGGGACACGGGACGCUACGGCUUCCUCCUGCCCAGCACCCAGAUCAUCCCCACCGCUACCGAGACCUGGCCGGCGCUGUUGGACAUCAUGGUCCAUGUCCUGGAGCAUCCAUAUUGA